UCUCUCUAUAUUCUCUUUCCUCUCAAACCAAAGUAAAGAAAAAUAAAUAUGUAUGAAAAGCUAAUUAUAAACUCUAGAUUAUUAAUUAACAAAGAACAAACCAAUAUCAUGGAACUCUCUCUUCUCAACCAUCAUCACCAUCCUUCACUUCUUCAUUGCACUCUCACAUCCAAUCUCUUGACAAGAACACACAAAAGACUUUACAAAAAAAGUUCAAAUAGGUUAAUACCAUCAUGCAGCUGUUCACAUUCUUCCUCCCAUAAAACUGUUGUAGAACCAAUCUCUAUGUCUUUACAAAUUGAAGGAAGGAGAGCAUUACUCACUUCUCUCCUCACAACAUUUGCUGGAGUUUAUGCAUGUGAUGUGGCUGAAGCUGUUAGCACUAGUAGAAGAGCUCUAAGAGGAGCCAAAAUUCCUGAAAGUGAUUUCAAAACUUUGCCCAAUGGUCUCAAGUACUAUGAUUUGAAGGUUGGCGAUGGAGCUGAAGCUGUGAAAGGAUCGCGUGUCGCAAUUCACUAUGUUGCUAAAUGGAGGGGAAUCACCUUCAUGACUAGUAGGCAAGGAAUGGGUGUUGGAGGAGGAACGCCCUACGGAUUUGAUGUAGGCGAAUCUGCGAGAGGAAAUGUCUUAAAAGGUUUGGAUGUAGGAGUAGAGGGCAUGCGAGUUGGAGGCCAGCGGUUGUUAAUUGUUCCUCCUGAACUUGCCUAUGGAAGCAGGGGAGUCCAAGAAAUCCCUCCAAAUGCAACAAUUGAGAUGGAUAUUGAACUGCUUGCCAUAAAACAAAGUCCAUUUGGGACUGCCGUGAAGAUUGUUGAAGGCUAAUGCAAUGGUUUAAUAUUCAGAGUGCUAUGUUAAGCAAAUUAUGAGAAGAUAAUAUCCGCCCUAGAAGAGCAGCCCUACCAGAUGGCUCUUAAUUCACUCUUGAUGUGAAUGAAUCUAGAAUUUACCUGUUUCUAGACUGACAAAUAAGAAACAGCGAAAGAGUAUAAACAUUGCUAAAAAAUUGAUUAUUUGUAUUCAAUAUUUCAAUACAGGAGAUGCACAAAAAUAUAAACAAUUAAAAAGGUGUUUUCAUUUUUUGUGUUGUUGCACCAA